AUGGAUUGCAACAAGAAUGAAGAGUUUCAUGCAGUGAGGUAUCUGUCUUUCUAUCCCCCUCCUGACUGGUUAUGUACUCUGCUCUCUUCUCCAGAGGCCCUGCCCCUACUGGUGGGAGUGAUCCAGUCUCCAGACUCCAAGGUCAAGGAGAAUGUCAACGCCACAGAGAACUGCAUCUCAGCCGUGGGCAAGGUCAUGAGGUUCAGGGCCGAGUGUGCCAACGUCAACGAGAUCCUUCCCCAUUGGCUCUCCUGGCUGCCACUUAACGAAGACAAGGAGGAAGCUGUGCACACCUUCGACUUCCUGUGUGACCUUAUUGAAAGCAACAAUCCUAUUGUCCUCGGACCAGACAAUGCAAAUCUUCCCAAGAUAUUCCAGAUCAUCACUGAAGGGGUCACAAACGAGUCUGUUAAGAGUGAGGAUGCAUGCAGCAAGAGAUUGGCAAAUGUCAUCCGUCAAGUGCAGGUCAGCAAUUGCUUUGCUUGCCAAAGUUACCUUUUGUUCUAUCUAGAAACUUCUGCUUUUGAUCAAUCAAAUUGUGCAAAACAAUGAGGAAUACUGAAUCUU